AUGGGGCUCACUCCCUCGGGGUUAUAUCGACUUCGAUCGCUUACUCCAUCCAUAGGCCCUGCCGGCGAGAAGUCCAUCAACUAUACUCUUCCAGAGCACAUGAUGCCCUACUCAGCCCAUUCCAUUUACCCACCAGUCCCAUACGCGCCCGACGAGCUCGGCCACGCACAGGGGGCCCUCACGCCGUCCGAUGUGUCCUCGUCCAUCUCCCCGCCCAACGGCCAGAUGGGAAACACCAAGUACAGCACCACCAUCUCCGGCGAUCGCAUCGCCGCCGCCCUCGAUCAAGAGGAGGGCGUGCGCGGUGCCGCAGAGGAAGAUCGCCGUCGUCGAAAUACCGCCGCCAGCGCUCGCUUCCGUCAGAAGAAGAAGCAGCGCGAGCAGAUCCUCGAACGCACCGUGCGUGAAACCACCGAGAAGAACGCUUCCCUCGAGGCUCGCGUCGCACAGCUCGAGAUGGAGAACCGUUGGUUGAAGAACCUCCUCACGGAGAAGCACGACGCCGGUUCUUCUCGUCUGCCUGCUCCGGCUAAGGAUAGCUCGACCCUCGAGCUAAAAGGUCCUGGCGCCAAUACCAGACAAAAACAUAUUCAGCCCAAAAAGAAGGGCGUCGGCACCGAGGAGUGA